AUGGCCGAAAGAAUUAAAAUUUUGACUCAAAAACGAAGUUCGUUAAAAACUCAAAUCACUACUCUAUCUAAUGCUCUCGACCGAGGUAAGCUCGAUAAUGCGACAUUAAAAUUACGAAUUGCUCGCGUAACGGAAUUAUACCAUAAAUUUGAAGAAAAUAACGAUGAACUUAUGGUAUUAGACCCUGACGAUGGGCAUAUGGCGGAAUUGUUUAAUACACAAGAGCGCUUUUAUGAUCUUGCUGGUCGGAUAGAAAGAAUCGUCAACGUGGCCGGCACCGCAGGCACGAAUAGCAACGCGUCGAGUGAAGAGGUUCGCGAUGAUAAUUCUGUCAACGGAACAGGUAAUACGCGCCGUCGGAUAAAGUUGCCACAGGCAUCGUUGCCUAUAUUCGACGGCAAAUACGAAAACUGGCUUUCUUUUAAGAAUGCUUUUAAUAAUAUGGUAGGCUCGCAGUCGGAUUUGUCUGAUAUGGACAAACUGCAUUAUUUGCAAUCAGCACUGAAGGGCGAUGCCGCAAGUAAGAUAAAGAUUCUUGCGGUGGAAGGAAUUAAUUACUCGAGCGCGUGGAAAUUAUUAGAAAGAUCGUACGAGGUCAAACGAAUUUUGAUAUCGCGGCAUCUUGCGUCCAUUAUUAAUUCGCCUGUAUUAGAUAAGGAAACUACGAGCGGCUUGACGAAACUGGCUGAUGAUGCGCAGCAGCAUAUCGCAUCGUUAAAUUCUCUGGGGAUCACGGUCGGUGAAGAGAUGGUGGUGCACAUUUUAGAAAGUAAAUUGCCGAAGAGUGCGCUCGAAAAAUGGGAAACGACGUUGGAUAGGGACGAAUUUCCAAAACUCGAAAAAAUGUUUGAGUUCCUUUAUAAGAUCGCGGUCUGCGCGUCGAGACGCGAGAAAUCAAAGGCAUCGGAAUCAGACAAACUUAAGGGCGAACCCCCGUUUAAGAAACGACGAGAAGACUCGUCCAAUCGAGCUUUCAUAUCAAAUUUUUUACAAAAAACGCGGCUUGGAUGGGUGAUUGUGGGAAGCGCAUUAGCGCAAACUCAAUGUAAUACCGCGACGUGUCAAUUGACGAGUUUAGAAAAACAAUUAUUGAAAUUUUGGGAAAUUGAAGAGGUUGCCACCGAUAAGCCAAAGUCAGAGGAAGAAAUAGAAUGUGAAAGGCAUUUCGUGAACAAUGUGUUUCGCAACAAGAAGGGACGUUAUACGGUUCGCCUACCGUUUCGCAAGAACGCCGGGACUUUGGGGGAAUCUAGAACAAUGGCAAUUAGACGCCUAUCAUCAUUAGAACGCAAAUUUGACGCCGAUGAAAUAUUGAAAAACGAAUAUAUACGAGUGAUAGAAGAACAUUUAAGAUUAGGGCACAUGGCAGUAGUAAGGGAUUCUGAAAAUGACGGAUAUUACAUGCCGCAUCACGCGGUCAUUAAAGAAACAAGCAAUACUAAGGUGGUGCGCGUGGUAUUCGACGCCUCCGCGAAGACGAGCAACGGCAUAUCGUUGAACGAAGCGUUGAUGGUAGGGCCUACAAUUCAAAACAAACUGUUCACUCAUUUAAUGCGGUUUCGAACAUACAAUUACGUUAUAACAGCAGACGUUGAAAAAAUGUACUGUCAGGUGUUGCUUCACGAAGAUGAUCGUUGGUUUCAACGAAUACUUUGGCGAGUCGGCAAAAGAGUCGAAACACUUCAAUUCAAUACACUCACGUUUGGCGUGGCGUCGUCACCGUUUCUAGCAAUUCGCGUGAUUCAAAAACUUGCGGACGACGAAAGUCAUAUGUAUCCCCGGGCGGCAAAAAUUAUCAAGGCACAUUUAUAUGUGGAUGAUUUAUUAACCGGGGCCGCAACCGUCGAAGAAACUCGAGUCAUUAGAAAUGAGAUAAUUGCUCUGUUAGCUCGCGGAGGGUUUAAUAUUAGACAAUGGGCGUCAAAUGAUGAGCGAAUCGUUAAUGAUCUGCCGGAAGAAGCGUUGCAUGCCAAUUUCGUAAUGAACCUAGAUCGUUCUUUGAAGACGUUAGGAGUUACGUGGAACGCGCGCGAUGAUAAGAUACAAUAUUUUGUUCAUCCCAUAAAAAACACGGAAAAAAUAACGAAGCGAAGCAUUUUGGCGGAGAUCGCAAAAAUUUUCGACCCAUUAGGAUUGCUGGGCCCCAUUGUUUUACAUGCUAAAAGAAUGAUGCAGGACGUUUGGCGAUGCGAACUACAUUGGGACGAAUCCGUACCUCAAAGCAUUAACUCCGAGUGGUUAGAAUUCACGCGGCAGCUGAAAUCGAUGGGACAGAUUUCCUUUGAUCGCAAAUUAUUAGUGGAAGACUGUCGCGAUAUUCAGUAUCACGGUUUUUGCGACGCUAGCAAUGUCGGCUACGGAGCGUGUCUUUAUGUGCGGUCAACGGACAAAUUCGGGAAGACGAUAAUCCGACUCGCAUGCGCCAAGUCGCGAAUCGCGCCGUUAAAAACAGUGACGAUACCGCGACUUGAACUUUGCGGCGCGUUGUUGCUAGCGCGAUUAUAUCGCGAAGCAGAUGCUGCAAUGAGUAUCGAGCCCAACAAAGUAGUCUUUUGGUGUGAUUCAACCAUAGUUCUACAUUGGUUAAGAACUGCACCGCAUUUGCUAAAAACAUAUGUGGCAAAUCGCGUAGUCGAAAUUCAAGAAAGUGUUGAAUCUAAUGUAUGGCGUCACGUAGGAUCGGCCGAUAAUCCAGCCGAUGCGAUAUCGAGAGGUCAGCUACCUCGCACAUUUUUACAGAAUCAAAUAUGGUUCCAAGGACCAUCGUGGUUACGUAAGGAGGAAACAGAAUGGCCAAACGAAAUCAUGCAAAUAGAUACGGUGCCGGAACUGAAAAGAAACACAUGCUUGUUAGUAACAUCCAAAGAAUUCGGCAUGCUUGAUAGAUACUCGUCUUAUUCUAAAUUAUUGAGAGUCAUGGCCUAUUGUUUACGAUGGCGAUCGUCUAACAAGCGUACCGGAUUGCUAAACGCGAGAGAGAUAGACACAGCGGAAAUUAGAGUAUUAAAAUUAUUGCAAGCUACUCAAUUUACUCAUGAAAUACGAAAACUUCAACAAAGAGAGGAAUUAAAAAAUAAGAGUAAGAUCGUUAAUUUGAGUCCAUUUCUUGAUAAAAACGGUUUGAUAAAGGUAGGAGGUUGUCUGCGAAAAUCUUUGUUAACAUUCGCGCAAAAACACCCGAUUUUACUAUCAAGUCGGCAUCCUCUAACUGAUCGUAUAAUCAAAGAAAUACACGAGAUGCAUCAUCAUACAAGUAUUCAGAAUACUUUAUACAUAUUACGGCAGAGAUUUUGGAUAACUGAUGGCCGGAAUCAGGCGGUGCAUCUUGAGCUUGUAAGCGAUUUAUCGACAGAUGGAUUUCUAGCGGCAUUACGUCGAUUCGUCGCAAGACGAGGGUUACCGGACCACAUUUAUUCAGACAAUGGAACCAAUUUCGUCGGGGCAAAUAAUCAGCUUAAAGAAAUGUAUGCUCUAUUCAAUUCCGAACAACAUAAAGAUAAAAUAAAUCAUUUUUCUAGCGAGCGUAGAAUCGACUGGCACUUCAUACCGCCGUUUGCCCCCCAUUUUGGCGGGUUGUGGGAAGCCACUGUCAAGUUGUUUAAGCAUCAUUUCAAACGCGUCGUAGGAGAUUCACUCUUCACGUUUGAAGAACUAGCUACGUUUGUUACUGAGGUCGAGAGCAUCUUAAAUUCGAGGCCAAUUAUUUCUCUUACGUCGGAUCCGAAUGACUCGCUCGCGCUAUCGCCGGCCCAUUAUCUUAUCGGCAAACCACUAACAACCCUUCCGGAGGGCGACAUCACUUGUGUUCCAGCCAACAGACUAUCAAGCUGGCAACAUAUCGUUAAAGUCCGUCAAGAUUUCUGGACACGAUGGAACUUGGAGUAUCUCAACGAGCUACAGAUGCGUAGCAAAUGGGCCAAGGACGGAAUGAGUCUGGAAGUCGGAACGGUUGUUCUGAUAAAGUCUAAAGGCAUACCCUGUUCACAAUGGGCUCUAGGCAAAAUAUUGGAACUGCAUCCAGGCGAAGACGGUGUGUCUCGAGUGGCUACGAUUAAGACAGCAACCGGAAUAAUAAAGAGGGCCACAAGGCUCCUCUGUAAGCUACCAACGGAAUAA